AUGCGUUUUACAUUACACGAGUGGCGUAAACAGAUAACUUAUUUUAAACGAAAUCAUUUUAAAGAUUUACAAAAAGUUCGUGGUAUUGUUAAUACGAUUGCAUUUUUUAUUGUUUGGGGAUACGCAGGUUAUUUUAUUGCCAAAAGAGCCGAUAAAUCAGCAAAAGAAACAGGUAUUCCACAUAGUGUACAAGUUGCGAAAUUAACAGGAAAUAGAUAUAUUACCAAGUGGAAUUUAAAUACCGGCGAAACAGAAAAAAUUGACGUCUAUCAAACAUUGGCUGAAAAAGAGGCGGAAGCACGUACAAAAGUUCUUGAACAACGACGUUUACGUGAAGAAGCUCGACAAGCAUCAUUAACAACAGAUACAAAAUCAUAA